GACUUCCUGCAGAAGCUCAAACCCACCACAGAGCCCUGCCAGCCGCCAGGCCUGAGGCCCCCCCUCCGGAGGCGGGACAGGCGCCGGGCCUUCCGGGUUUCCCUCGAACCGGCUCGGGGUUUCGCGUUUCAGCUCCUCCCGGAGGCCGUCCGCCUCCCCUCCCUCCCGCCUCCAAGAUGGAGCCUCCGGAGCCUCUGGCGCCGCGGCUGCGCUCGGGGCCGCGGGCCAAGGUGCUGGCCGUGCUGCUGGCGCUGGCGCUGGGCGCGGGCACGCUGCUGCUGCUGCAGCUGAGCGCCCGCCCGCCCCGCGCCCGCAGCUUCUACGCCUUCGAGGUGAGGGACGCCGCGGGCCGGCCCGUCUCCCUGGAGAAGUUCAGAGGCAAAGUCACGCUCGUGGCCAACGUGGCCAGCGACUGCCGGCUCACCGACAGCAACUACGCGGGCCUGCAGGCACUGCAGCGCGAGUUCGGGCCCUUCCACUUCAGCGUGCUGGCCUUCCCCUGCAACCAGUUCGGCGAGGCCGAGCCCCGCCCCAGCCGGGAGGUGGUGUCCUUCGCCCGGAGCACCUACGGGGUCACCUUCCCCAUCUUCCACAAGAUCAAGAUCCUGGGGCCCGAGGCCGAGCCCGCCUUCCGGUUUCUGGUGGACUCUUCCAACAAGGAGCCGCGGUGGAACUUCUGGAAGUACCUGGUCAGCCCCGAGGGCCACGUGGUGAGGUCCUGGCGGCCCGAGGAGCCGGUGGACGCCAUCCGGCCUGAGGUGGCCGAUCUGAUCCGGCAGAUGAUCGUCCGGAAGAGGGAGGACCUCUGAGCCACGCCGUCAGACAGAGUCCGGCUCCGCGGGCGGUGCGCCCCGCAGCAGCCACGGCCCCAAACGGGGCGUCCGAGGAAUCCCUGGCGCACACUCAGCCCCGGGGCCACACGGAGCUGCACAGGGCAGUCCCCGCGUGUUCAGGUCCGGAUGCUCAGUGGACACGGCCUGGGCCCUCCUGGACGUGCCCACACACUAGGCCACCCCCUGCCUGGCACGUGCG